UAAGCCGGGUCAAGUCCGUCGGAGCGAUUUUGGCAGACACCACCCGGAAGACGCCGCCGCAGUUGGUCCGAGCCGCCCGCCGCCAUCGAGCAACAAGAUCCACCAACAGAAUGGGGUUCACAUGUGACAAGUGUGGAAAGGUGUGGCCAAAUCUUUCCAGACUGAAAAGACACUACAGAAGCCACACAGGAGAAAGACCAUACAGGUGUGACCAGUGUGAGGCGAGAUUUAUAAACAUCAGUGGCCUCCAUCAACAUAUGAGAACUCACACAGGAGAGAAACCAUACAGCUGUGACCAGUGUGGAAAGGCGUUUAUACAAUCUGGUCAUCUCCGUCAGCAUAUGAGAAGUCACACAGGAGAGAAACCAUACAGCUGUGACCAGUGUGGAAAGGAAUAUACAAGCCCUGCUGUCCUCCGUCAACAUAUGAGAAUCCACACCGGGGAAAAACCAUACAAAUGUGAUGUUUGUGAAAAGAGAUUUUCACAGUCAUCCCACCUUGUAUCACAUAUGAGAACUCACACUGGAGAGAAGCCAUACGAGUGUGACCAGUGUGAGAAGGCGUUUCGAGGAUCUAAUGCCCUUGUACGACAUAUGACAAUCCACACUGGAGAGAGGCCACACGAGUGUGACCAUUGUGGGAAAAGGUUCUCUACAUCAACCAAUCUCAAAGCACACAUAAGAACUCACUCCUGGGUCAUAGUAUAUGAGUGUGACCAGUGUGAAAAGACUUUUAAAACAUCCCAGCAGCUCUCCAGUCACUACAGAACGCACACAGGAGAUGAACCAGACGACUGAAGAAAGAGGGGAAGGCUUUCAGGUCUGUGAGGAACAUGUCCAAAUCUUCCAGACUGAAAAGAAAAGCUGCAGCUGUGACCAGUGUGGAAGGACUAUGAGAAAACCUGCUCAUCUGAAGCUGCACCCUCUUGAACACACUGAAGGAGAAAGAGCUGCUGAGGCCGGAUCAAGUGAAACUAAAGUCAGACUCAAAAAGGAACAGAUCAGGCUUCAGAGACUCCAGACUGUGGAGUUGAGCUGUGUGUAGUGUGAAAAAUUAAAAGCUUAAGCUGAUAUGUACAGGUUUCUUUUUUUUUUAUUAUUAUUAUUAUUAGACAGAGGUUUUAGCAGACUGUAUUGUUUUUACAGUGAAGAAUAAGAUGAACUAACUUUAGCUCAGGGAUGGUCCCUCUGUUUAAAAAGAGGGACUGGAGGGUGUGUUCCAAGUUAGGGCUGUCGUGAUAACCACAAAAUGAAUCACUGCGGUGCAUGUUGGACCACCACCAGCACACUAUGUGACCAACGUGACCCGACCCAGAGUCCUGCACGGGUAAAUUUUUGGAGACCCACACCAGCCCGGACCCGUUAACAUUCCACCUGUUACCCACCUGUGCCCGUGAUAAAUCACACACAGAUUAAAAUCAUUCUAACUGAAGCAUCCAUCAGAAUAGGAAAUGAAAAGUUACGACUUAAAGAAUUACAAUCACGAAAGGAAACACUUACGUUUUCUUCAGUACAAAUACAAAUUCACAGACACGACUCGACAAUCAUCACUUCACAGGCUUUUUUCACUGAGCAGAAGAAACACUCAUCGAGAUGCUGCACUUUUCCACCACACGCUAUGGACUGAACCAGGACUAAUCUAGGACUGAUUCCUGGACUGACCCAGGACUGACUGUUGGGACGGGCUCAGAGUUGUGGCCAUUGAGACUGUUGGGUGACCACAGAUGAAAGGGCCGGUGUAGAGCUCCACGCCCCAUGGAGAUAAGGACAACCAUCACCCGAUCGCGCUUUGCAGACACCCUGCUCCGCAAGCUCGGAGUUCUCUCUCUUAAGUCCAAGAUUAGUUGUGGUUUUGCUGUUGAGCUGUUAUAAUGCACCGCAGGAGAAAUUGCCUCACCACGACAGCCCUAUUCCAACUACAGGGGGAUCACACUCCUCUGCCUCACCGGUCAGGUCUAUUCCAGGGGACUGGAGAGGAGAAUCCGGCCGAUAGUUGAACCUCGGAUCCAGGAGGAGCAGUGUGGUUUUUGUCCUGGUUGUGGAACACUGGACCAGCUCUACACUCUCCAUCACGUGCAAGUUUGUCCAACGGUGUUUGACCGUGUUCCUCGUGGUGUCCUGUGGGGGGCGCUCUGGGAGAAUUUAUUUUAACUACACAUGCUGUAAGAUGGUUAAUAAGUUUACAAUAGAAAGUAUGUUACCAUGGCUUAUUAAACUUUUUGUAAGACAUCUGGCUGAUUCUUUCGUGCUGAUUCUUUUCCCUGCAGCAGGUCAAUACAGACAGCACCCCCCUAGUAUAUUUUUCAUAGAGGAAAGAGGUUUUGAGAUAUCUGUUGAAAAAUUGAUUGAGACUAUCAAGUCGAGAUGUGACAGGUAAAGAAAAAAGGAAACUCAAGCUGCUGCCGGGUUUUUUUUUCUGAAAUAAAGCCCUUUGUUUUAAGAUGCACAAUUCAGCCAUUUUAUUUAUUUUCUCUAAUUCAUUUUAAACUGCAGCCCUGUAUAUAAUGUAGACCUACUGUGUGUUUCGGUGUUAAAAAUAAAUUUUGUUGAAAUGUU